AUGUCCAUGCGGUCAACGUCCCGCUCGCAGGACGAGAAGACGGUGAGGGAAUGGGGGUUUUCCCACGUCUUCACGUGGACCGACGGCCCCCAUGCACAUUACCCACCCCACUCGCACAGCGGCCUGACGACACACCUGAUCCGGCGCGGGUCGCUGACCAUCACGUACCCUGAGGACGGGAAUCCAACCAAGGAGACGUUCGGGGUUGGCGCUCGCAUCGACGUGCCUGCAGGGAAGGUCCACGAGGUGUGGAUGGGUGAAGAAGGUGAGUGCUACCCGUACAUGUCUGCCUGA